UCAUUCUCGUUCCUUCUUCUGUUCUGAUUGAUAGAUCGCUCGGAACUUGGGGAAAACAGCGUAAUCGGUCUUCUUCUCUCCGUGUUUGAUUCUGAUGCAACCCUUUUUUGUUUGAGGAUUAUUUGAAGAAGGUACCUAGGGAGUGAUUUGAGUAUAUUAGUGAGGAUGUCUACGGUUGAUGAGCCUUUAUACCCGAUCGCCGUCCUUAUAGACGAGCUAAAAAACGAUGAUAUUCAGCUUAGAUUGAACUCCAUUAGACGGCUUUCUAUCAUUGCACGUGCUCUUGGAGAGGAGAGGACUAGAAAAGAGUUGAUCCCGUUUCUUAGUGAAAACAAUGACGAUGAUGAUGAGGUACUUCUCGCCAUGGCUGAAGAGUUGGGGGUUUUUAUUCCUUAUGUAGGAGGCGUUGAGCAUGCUCAUGUUUUGCUUCCACCGCUGGAGACACUCUCGACUGUUGAGGAAACUUGCGUGAGGGAAAAAGCUGUAGAGUCACUUUGCAGAAUUGGUUCUCAGAUGAGGGAGACUGAUUUGGUUGAGCAUUUCUUACCUCUGGCAAAGCGACUUGCAGCUGGUGAGUGGUUCACAGCCAGAGUAUCAGCAUGUGGAAUUUUCCAUAUUGCAUACCCAAGUGCUCCAGAUCUGCUAAAGGCAGAGCUGAGAUCAAUAUACAGUCAGCUUUGUCAAGAUGACAUGCCAAUGGUGCGCAGAGCAGCAGCAACGAAUUUGGGGAAGUUUGCUGCUACAAUUGAUUCAGCUCAUUUGAAGACAGAGAUUAUGUCCAUGUUUGAUGAUCUUACUCAAGAUGAUCAAGAUUCAGUUAGAUUAUUGGCUGUUGAGGGUUGUGCUGCUCUUGGGAAAUUGUUGGAGCCCCAGGACUGUGUGACACACAUUCUUCCUGUAAUUGUCAAUUUCUCGCAGGAUAAGUCCUGGCGUGUGCGUUAUAUGGUUGCAAAUCAGCUCUAUGAACUUUGUGAAGCUGUAGGACCAGAGCCAACUAAGACGGAUUUGGUGCCUGCAUAUGUUCGUCUACUUCGUGAUAAUGAGGCUGAAGUUCGGAUAGCAGCUGCUGGAAAAGUUACUAAGUUUUGUCGCAUUUUAGUUAUUGGGAUUGAUCUACUAUCACAAUCUUUACUGCCAGCCAUUGUAGAACUUGCUGAAGACAGGCACUGGAGAGUGCACUCAAUCCGCGAAGCUGCUGCGAACAAUCUUAAGCGUCUUGCUGAAGAGUUUGGUCCUGAAUGGGCAAUGCAGCAUAUAGUUCCUCAGGUUCUAGAGAUGAUUAACAAUCCACACUAUCUAUACCGGAUGACGAUUCUUCGUGCAGUAUCGCUUCUCGCUCCAGUAAUGGGAUCCGAGAUCACAUGUUCCAAACUCUUGCCUGCAGUAAUAACCGCAUCUAAAGACAGAGUUCCAAACAUCAAAUUUAACGUUGCCAAAAUGAUGCAAUCUCUCAUUCCGAUAGUUGACCAAUCGGUUGUAGAGAGCAUGAUACGGCCAUGCUUGGUGGAGCUAAGUGAAGACCCAGACGUUGAUGUACGGUUUUUCGCAAAUCAAGCCCUCCAAUCUAUUGACAAUGUGAUGAUGUCUAGCUAAAAAAAUAAUGAAAACAGAAAACACAAUGCUGUGUGUUUGGUUUUCUUGAGGGAUCUGUAGACGAUGCUUUCUUGUGUGUUGUGUGUAGUGAACUUAUACGUAAGUGAACUGACCGUACGAAGUCUGUCUGUCCAUUGUUUCUCUCUGCUACUACUAGAAAAGGAUAGUAAAAACACUAAUAAUGAGUAUUAUUAUCCAUCCUAGUCCGGAA